AUGACAUCCGAAAAGGAAAAGAAUCUAGCCUCUCUCCGCGAGUCCAUCGCCAACCUGGAAGCACAGCAGGCACAGCUGGAAUCGGAAAUAGCGUCGACAACGUCCCAACUCAAGUAUGUUCUUUUGAUUCCAUUGGAUACUAUGGCUCCAGCUAUGAAUUCUGAGCCAUGUUCUAUUUUCCCCUUCACGGAGAUAAAUGAUCCCUCGGCAACAGUCAAACGCCAUAUUCGUCUCUUGCAUGACUACAAUGAAAUCAAGGAUGUCGGACAGGGAUUGAUGGGACUGAUUGCUGAGGAACGGGGUGUGCGACAGGUUGAAGUUGAGAGGGAGUUUGGGGUUGAGGAGAAGGAUUGA